UGGUUAUAAAAAAACAAACAGCCGCAAGCAGCUCGAAAAGGAACUACGGGCUACUGUCUAAGGGGGUGGAGUAAGCUCUAGUGCCCCUAGUACCGUAGUCCCUCCUUGGUGUUUUUUGGCGUGUGUGUGUGUUACUGUGUGUGUCAUAUACUGAUGGUGGUACGUCUUUUAUUUUCGUCUGUUACUGGAUGACGUGAGUCUAGAUAGCUCGUGAUUUCUUUGAACGGCUUCAUCGGCAGUUCAGCUGUUCUUACUUAUUAGUUCCGUCUUGGAUUAUUUGUCUGCUGUUGUUGGGUUCGACAAAAUUUCAUAAAGCAACCCAGUCUAGUGAUUUCAGUCAAGCCAUUUGGGAAGAAAAUCUUGCACACAAAAGAAGCAUUUUUUAAGCCAUCAAGCUGGAGAACGACGGCCGAGCCAUGAACGGACUUGGUGUCCGAGAACUUUGCUGCUUAUUUUGCUGUCCUCCUUGGCCAUCAAAAAUUGCAGCAAAGCUGGCCUUUCUUCCACCAGAGCCCACCUACACCUUCGUGGAGGAGAAUGGAGCAAAGCAAGCUGUCUGCCUGUCUGAUCGUGCAGAGUGGCAAUACUCUGAAAGAGAAAAGGAAAACAUGGAAGUGUUUUAUACACGCACUUCCAGGCAAAACAGGAUAGCCUGCAUGUUUAUCAGAUGUACACCUAAUGCCCGCUACACAAUACUGUUCUCCCAUGGAAAUGCAGUUGAUUUGGGACAGAUGAGUAGCUUUUACCUGGGAUUGGGAACAAGAAUCAAUUGCAACAUAUUCAGCUAUGACUAUUCUGGAUAUGGAAUGAGCACUGGGAAACCUUCAGAGAAAAAUCUUUAUGCAGAUGUUGAUGCUGCCUGGCAUGCAUUGAGAACCAGAUAUGGGAUAUCACCAGAAAAUGUGAUUUUGUACGGCCAAAGUAUUGGUACAGUUCCAACUGUUGACUUGGCGUCUCGGUAUGAAGUCGGUGCCGUUAUAUUGCAUUCUCCCUUAAUGUCCGGUAUGCGUGUCGCUUUUCCCAAGACUCAACGCACCUGGUGCUUCGACGCUUUUCCAAGCAUUGACAAAGUUUCGAAAGUCACAUCGCCGGUGCUGGUGAUCCAUGGAACAGAGGACGAAGUGAUCGAUUUUUCCCAUGGCCUCGCCAUCCAUGAUAAGUGCCCGAAAGCUGUAGAGCCCUUGUGGGUUGAGGGGGCUGGUCAUAACGAUGUUGAAUUGUAUAGCCAAUAUUUGGAUCGCCUAAAACAGUUUGUAUCUGUCGAACUGGCCAAUUGACAGGUGACUGUGGCCGCUGAUGGGAACAGUGACAGCACCAACUCCAACACGUCCACUGACGGUUGCCUCUGCCUGAAACCCGAACGAGCCACCAAAAGCAAGAACGAAUUGAACCCGACAGAAAAACUUAUGUAAAAACCAGUAGAUACCUACGAGACUAGCACUUUUUGAUCCCUCCCCCAAAACGGGUCACUCACACACAACAUCUUAGCGGGGGAAAACAUUUCAUCAUUUUUCCCCAAAAACAAAAAUCCUUUUUUUCUUUCUUUUUGCCAUUUCCUUAGAGUCGACCUGCUUUUUCUUUUAACCAAAUACGAACUUGCGACAGAUCCUAUCGAUGAUCUCACACGUUCAGAUGUAGUUCAAUUGGCCAAAGCGGUGCUGAGGUAGAAAGGAUCUUGUGUGGUUGUGCGUGUGUGUGUGUGCGUUUGUUUGCGUGAACUAAUUCUCGAAUAGCGACCAUCUUUAUAAUAAGACGGUGGGAUUGAUUUCAAGUGCGUUGUAAUUUUGCCCCGUUUUCCCUCUUUUGUCAGAAAGAUGAAAAUAGGAGAUGAAAAACCCUUUUUCAUCCUUCAUCUCUACCUCUAUCAUUAAUGGUUGAGCUGGAACCAAUGGGAAAAAGAAAUCUGGUGCCUCGACUAGGGCUUCUUUCUUCGUUAGUUUCAUUUUAUUUGUCGUGUAUUUUUCGCAAAUCGGAGGAUUAUCGUACAAAACAAACAAAAAAAUUGCCCC